UCGACACUGCAUACUUUACUUUCUAUCACUUUGGAUCGCUAAUAACAGUGCAUAGAGAUGAAUCUGUUCUCCGUCUGCGCAUAGUGCGUUGGCUACUGGCAAGUAGUUUUGGAUGUUGACAUCAUGGGUAUCAAAGGCAUCUACGGAGAGAUUGGGCCAGGAGAAAGAGUUGCCUUGUCCAAGCUAUCUAUUGAGAAGUUUGAGCAGACUGGGCGACCUCUCAGGGUUGCAAUCGAUGUCUCAAUCUGGCAAUUUCAGACCCAGGCCGGCCAAGGAGGAUCCAACCCGGCAAUCCGGACUUUCUAUUAUCGCCUUCUUCGCCUCCUUUCAACAUCAAUACAACCAUUGUUCAUCUUUGAUGGACCGCAUAAGCCCCCCUUCAAGCGCAACAAGCGUACUGGCCAACAUGGGGCAAUGGUACCAAAUUUGUUGACAAAACAAUUAUUAAAGUUAUUCGGCUUUCCCUUCUACAUGGCCCCUGGAGAAGCGGAAGCUGAAUGUGCCUUGUUACAGAGGGAAAGGAUUGUGGACGCCGUCCUCAGCGAAGAUGUCGACACUCUCAUGUUUGGCUGUGGACGAACCCUUCGCAAUUGGUCUCCUGAAGGUUCCAGAGGCAAUAAAUCCCCAACCCAUGUAUCCGUCUAUGAUGCGAAGGCGACUAAAGAAGGUAAAGCGGCACUUGACAGAGAAGGAAUGAUCUUGAUAGCUCUCAUGAGCGGUGGUGACUAUAUCACGGAAGGUAUACCUGGUUGUGGCAUCAAGGUAGCCUGCGAGGCUGCCAGGGCGGGCUACGGGAAGUCUCUAUGCAAAAUUUCGAGAUCAGAUGCCGACGGGUUGGAAGCUUGGCGUGAUAAUUUGGCCCAUGAAAUUAAGACGAACGAGAGCAAGCAUUUUAGGGUCAAGCACAAGACCUUGAGAAUUCCAGAUGAUUUCCCAAACAAGGAGGUACUUGGAUACUACACGCACCCUGUUGUCUCCUCUGCUUCCAAAAUCCAAAAGCUGAAGGAAGAGAUCGGAUGGGACGGCGAAGUUGAUGUUCCAGGCCUUCGACUUUUCGUUGCGGAGGCUUUCGAUUGGGUUCACAAAAACGGAGCCAAAAAGUUUAUUCGAGGUCUAGCUCCCGCGAUACUGGUACAAAAACUUCGUAGCCGUAGUGGUCGGAGAGAUUCUGAGUACGGAGAUGUUGUGCUGACAGCCAUGAACGAGAUGGAACUGGUUCGAGUUAUUUGCGGCAAGAGGAACCAUUUCAGCACAGAUGGAAUAUCCGAAUUGAGGGUGAUCUACCACCCAGCUGAGAUUAUGGGGCUAGAUUUGGAUGCCGAAGAGGACGAUAGCGGAGACUAUGGAAGGGACGGUCUUGCACCAGUCAACGAUGAUGAUCAGAUAGAGGAGUAUGUGUCAGAGGAUGCAGCGUCGAGAUCCAGAUCAACAAGUCCGACCAAAAGAGCUGCUUCUGUCUAUGACCCCACCCAACCAGAUAAAACAUGGAUACCAGAGAGCCUUGCAAAGGUUGGAAUACCCUUGAAAGUGGAGGAUUACGAAGAGUCCCUUCGGGAUCCAAGAAAGUUCAUCAAAGCGAAAGCCGCUGCCAAGAAAGCAGCUACGAAGAAGAAGGAUGGGAUGCCGAAAGGCGCCGUGGAUCGAUUCGUCAAGGUUACAAAAUCUGUCGAUGAAAGUGGAAAGGAAAACGAGCAUGCAGGCCCUUUCAAAUCAUCUGAAAAAGUUCUUCCAUCCAGUCAGCCUGCUUUGCGUCCAGUCUAUCUGGCUCCUACUCUGGAGAAGCCCUCGUAUUCGCAACUAGCUCCCACAACAACAUCAAGUAGGACCCUGAAAGCUACCUUGAGAGCUACAAGAUCAUCAGCUGGUUCUGGUACCCACGCCGCCCCCACCAAGUCUACAGCGACAAAGUCGACCAGAAGUAAGAAGGCAAUUUCACAGAAGCCAGCUCCCAACACGAACCCCUGGACAAUAGCCGCCUCAUCUCCACAAUCCAACCCCGGAGUUCACAAACCCAUCAGCCAACAUCCAGAAUCCGGCAGCCCACUGAAAUUCAAGCGGACCGCCAUCUACAUUGACUCAAGCCCUCCUGUGCCCGCUUCGUCGGCGCCAUCAGGUCUGGAAUCCCCCUCGUCGCCAAGAAAACACCAACACUCUCCUACUCCGCCAUUAGACUACGAUGCCGAACCAGAACUCCCACCCACAAUCCGCCUCACCCGUGGUUCUCACACCUCCACAGAAGAAUUUGGAACACCAACUAAGAACACCAAAGACAUCGAUCGCCCCUCGCCGAAAAAGGAGAUCUCACCAGAUUUAUCUGAAAGACGAGGCUCGGCAUGUAGGAGAAGCAUAUCAGAACCGCCGGGGCCUGAAUCUGUAGCUCAGAAGCUAGACUUCACUGACUUGGGAUCUCACAUUUAUGAAAAGGAGAUCGAAAGGUGGCAGUCCUUCCGGACUUCUGUUAGCCAGAAGGUAGAGGACCCUUUUCAGUUUGAGUUGGCUUCUUGUGACAAGUCUGCAGCUGAUUUACUUGAUCUUCCGAGAGCGAAGGAUUGGCUUCCAACAUUGCCUAGCACUUUCGUUUUGGUCCCUGCAAGAGCAAAAGAAGCAGAAGUCAUUGACCUCGCCUCCUCUCCUGCUUCCAGAGCUGUCCCGGCAAUCGAGACUGGCGAGAGAGGCGAGAUGGCAAGCCCACCGAAGCCAAAGCCAAAGCCAAAGAAAUACACCAUGGUGCGGGAGAGCACAGACGGUACAUUCUGGGAAGGAGUUGACGAGGAGAAAUUCCAGCGCCGGAGUAAUGUUUACAGAUACUCGCAGGUUGAGGUUCUGGAUUUGACUAGUGAUGACUGAGUUGGGUUCUUCAGUGUCCAGACUUUUUGGACAUCUUUGUUAUUUGGAAUUUUGUAAUACAAUUCAAUAGAUAAACUUGACUUGAAGC